CCUCCCCCACCCCCACCCCGGACCCCGACAAGGCGGAGCCUGGGAAAGAGAGGGGCCCGUGGAAGGGAAUCUCUCAGAUCAUCCGCAGGCCAUUUGGGGGCCGCUCGCCCCCCGAAACUCGCCGCGUGUUUGGGGUGCGACUUGAGGACUGCACCCCCUCGCUCGCACACACGCUGGUGCCGCGCGUGCUGGAGCUCUUCUGCGAGCUGGUGGAGUGCCACGGGCUGGGCUCGCGAGGCAUCUACCGCGUGCCGGGCCGCGUGUCGCACGUGACGGCGCUGCAGCAGGAGCUGACGCGCUGCGGCGGGGAGGUCGAUACCACAGAGCAGAGGUGGCAUGACCCCAAUGUGGUGAGCUCCCUGCUCAAGUCCUUCCUGCAGAAGCUGCCAGAUGCCCUCCUCACUGAAGGGAAGUACAAGGCGCUCAUCGAGGCGAACCAGAGGGCCCAGCCGGCGGAGAGACUGCGCGCCCUGCGGCAGCGGGUGCAGGAGAUGCCCGGACACCACUACCACACGCUGAGGUUCCUGGCGAGACACCUGCAGAAGGUCACCCAGCACGCACAGCACAACAAGAUGGACGCACACAACCUGGCGAUCGUGUUCGGCCAGACCGUGCUGCGCCCUCCGUGCGGCUCCCUCACCAAGCUCAUGGCCAACAUGGCCGAGCACAACCGUCUCGUGGAGUCGCUCAUACGACACUGCGACUGGUUCUUUUCAGAGAACUCCGAUCUUCCGACACCGGACGACGAAGCGAAGGUGGUGGGCGAGGUGAAGGAGACGGCGGGUGAGGAAGAGGGCCUGGCGUCUCACGCGGAGUUCCCGGACGGCAUCCCGGGCACCGAGGGGAUCACCGACAGCGGCUCGGACGACACGGCAGGGGGCGAGGACACGACGGCACGGAGGAGAGACGCGCAGAGUGCGGGUGCAGCGCCCCCGCGGCCCCUCUCCCUCCUCUCCCCCAAGCGCAAGAAGAAGAGCUACAGCGGCACCCGUCACGGCAACGCUGCCGACGAGCCGGACACCGAGCGGUGGGCGGGCAACGAGAAGCGAUCCCGCGCCAGAGCCGUCUCCGCCAUUACCGCCGCCGUCUCCUCGCGCUCCGCGGGGGGAGGGGGCGGCCCCACGGCCCCCGGUGGGGGCAUCGGCGGUGACCCCGCGCCGGCGCCACUGCCCGCCCAGUUGACCGUGCGCGUGGCCGCGCGGGGGUCCGCCCGGGUGGCGUUGCCGCUACGUCUCUUCCCGUGCGGGCCUCGUGGUCCCGCGCCCUUCGUCGCCGUUCCACUGCCGCUUCUGGAGGCCUCGGUGGGCUCCGCGGAUUCGCAGACGGCGGCAUCGGCCCCCUCCACCGCCUUCCGCUGCCGCAUCGCCAUCGUCGUGGAGCCGUGCAGCGACGCGGCGGCGGCGGCGGCAGAGGGAGGCGUGGCGCAGGCCGACGAGACCGGGGCCCAGCAGGGCCAGCAGCAGGAGCAGCAGGGCACGGGCCGCUCGCGCGCCUUUAACGCGUUCCGUGUGAAGCACCGCGACACACUGACGCGCAAGCGGCGCGAGCGGCACGCGCGCUUACAGGUGUGCGCGAGCGCACCGCCUGCGCCGUCGCAGCGGGGCGAGCGGCGGGGAGGGGCGCCGUGGGGAGUAGGCGGGGAGGAGAGGGGCGACGUGGGGGGAGACGCGACCCGGCGGGAGAGGCCCCCGCGAUGGUCGACCGCCUGUCUCGCCCCGGUCACCGAUGACCCCCGCGACCCACCCGAGGUAUCCGCAGCUCAGCCCGAGCCCAGUGUUGUCGGCGGCAGCAAAAGCAGCAGCAGCAGCAGCAGCAGGAGGAGGAGGGAGUUCAGGCUGAGCCGGAGUAUAAAGACGCUGUAAGUGCCACUCCCAAGGGCACCAGCUUGGGCGAGUCCGGCAAUGGGAGUUGCAACUAAACCGAAGGUCGCAAGCAAGAGGUCAUCGUGUCCAGUGCUGCGGGGGCCACCACUCCUCCCCCCGCCGAAAGAUUGCGCAGCUGCCACAGACGACAUGAGGGUUGCCACCUGUCCGGGUUUGAAUUGGCACUGAGAUUUGGUUGCGGGAAUCGAGUUGAACUUUAUUACAGCACAGUGCACAGUUUGAUCAUUAAUUCGACCCAAGGCCGACUGAGAAACAUGUCCGGGUUUUGUCUCCGGAAACGGUGGCAAGCCGAGUCAAUGCCCAGUCUCCGAUGUCCACUCCUAUAAUUGCAACACCGCUCAUUAUCUGGCGGCUUCAGAUUUUGCCCCCGCUUGAUCGCCGGAAGCUCUGGGUGCCACUUCUAUGUUGGACUCGGAAACCUGGCCUCCUCUUCCUCCUCCACCCUGCACACGCGUGCCUCCCACUACGUACAACCUCCCACUCCUGAUCACAUUCACAGCGCUUUUGUUGCCAAGAUUAAUACUGAAGUUGAGAGUUGCUUUUCCCCUAUUCUGCUGUAACGAAAUCUCAGACCUCCACAUGCACCUGUGCCGAAAAGCCAGCAGCGUCUGCAACUUGGCCACACGAACCAACGCAGAUCAAACUCUCAACAAACCACUGCAGAGUAAACUCUCAACAAGCCACUACAGAUUGACCUCUUUCAUCAAUCACCGAUGAUCGACCUCUCAACCAACCACCAAAUUACCUCUCACAAACAUCACCAGGCAGAUGUAGCAGAACAAAAUACAUUUGGGGGGUGGGGGCAGGGUAUGAAGAGAGUGACAAGAUGAGAGACAAUACAAUGCAUAGAAGAACGACAUACACCAAGACACGUAGACCGACAGAGACGCGAAUGAGACGGAAGUUAUGGGGGGUAGGGGGUGCACUUGGUCAGCCUUCACUACAGGUUCUGCCAUAUCUACCAUCACAUCAACUCACUCCCAUCCACCACAUCAACUCUCUCCUCGCUCCCAUCCACCACUUCCAACUCUCUCCUCGGCUACUGUCACACGCAACUCUCACGUCCGGUGGUUGGUUGGGGUCAUAGCGAGGGGAUCGCCGCGUUCUUAAAUUAAUCGGAACAAAAGCAAACACCGAUGUAUACGCAACUCGGCCGCAUAUUGUAUUUGCUUGUUCGUGCGCGCUGUAUAUGCGAGGAGCGCUGUGCGUUAUAGGGCCUGUCGGCUCACUUAUAUCAAUAAAUCUACAUGUUUUAUUUAACCAGG